CCGCCAAUUCGUCCAUUCCUCCGUUUACAGAUUUCAAAGACACAAUCUUCUUCUUCCAACGCCAUCCCCCAGGUUACAAUCACCUCUUCAUUCAGUUGCAAGCAAUUUAAGAAAUCGAAUCAGUUGUGGGUAUAUGAAUAGUUUUCAGGGUUAGCUUCCGUUUCUCAAGUUUCAUGUUCAUAUAUCUAUUUGGUGGAAGUGCGGAUUUUGUACUCAAUCUGUUUGUAGAAAGUCCUGGAAGAGUAUCACGAACAUAUUCUCGUGGCAGCAGCAAGAACUAUGAUCUCUUUGGCGGUGGGAAACCGGGUGAUGAGAACUUCAGAAAGGCCUGGAAGAAAGAGAUGGAGGAAGAUGAUUCUGUAUGGACAGGAAGUGAAGAUGAAAGCGAUUCUGAGAAAGGUAGAAAUAGUCUAGAAGAACAGAUCCGGAAAGCCAGACAGAAAGCAAAGGCGGAGUCUGACCUGAUUGAUGCUGAUGAUAGCGAUGAGUUAAGAAGUGUAUGGUCUGAAAGUGAUGAGGAGAAGACUCUAUGGACUGGAAGUGAAGGUGAUGAUGAAGAUGAUAUUCCAACAGAAGCACGCCCAAAUGAAGCUAGUGAUAAGUAUAUAGAUAAAGUGUUUGAGUUUGAGGAAAAGCCAAAGUAUCGGACACUUUCAGAGCUCCUGAAGGAUGAGGAUGAACCGGAAGAGUUGUCCCCGGGGAAGCAAGCAAGGAAAAUCGCAGUUGAGAAUGCCUUGAAAAAAUUGAAGAAAGGGCCAGACGGGCGCUACACAAAUGUGUGGGAAGUCAUGAGUGAUAUAGACAUUUUGAUUGGAGCUUUUGAGAAUAUUGUUUCUGGACCAGAGUAUGAAGAGCUUAGAAAAGGAGGACCAAAGAAGUUGAAUGUUGAGUUUUUCAAGGAUAUACAAGCACGUAUGAGAGAUCCAAAUUAUAAGUGGUCACCUGAGUUAAAGUUGAAACCAAAAAGCAAGCUGGUUUCUAGAAAGAAAUGGCAGAAGGCCCAAUCUAGAAGGAGAAAAGCACAAAAACGGUAAGUUGGAGUGGUAUGUUACCUUAAGAUAGAUUUAUUUAUCCCAAAACCAGAAGAGGAAAAAAAAUGUAUUGUCUUUGUUUAGUCUGAGCAACAACUGAUAUCAGAAUGCAUGAGUAUGUGCACAAAUUUUACCUUCAAUUUUUCUCAGCAUUUUCUGGACUUUCUUCUUGCAACCUUCGCAGUUAAUGUGUACUUUGAGAACAUGUGCCUGCAGAGAAGGAAAAUGUAGAACAAACCCAGUUCAGUGGAAGCAUUGUUCACAUUCUUCA